AAUGAGAAAAAUCUUCAAAACUACUUUCAGGAGCCAACAAGGAACUUGAAUUGGAGAAGAAAAAGAAAAUUAUCAAAAUCAUUAGCACAGACCAGAACACGAGGUAGAUUCAUGAAAGUAAAAAGAUUGGUUUCAAACCAAGAAAAUAUAAAAAAUGGAACAGAAAUUAAAGAGACAGAAAAUGGAGGGAUUGAAAAUGAUAAAAUAGAGUUUGUGAAUAAUCAAAAUACAGGUGAUAUAGUAAUAAACAAUACUAAAAUGGAGUUUGAGAAUGAGCUGAAUAAUCAAAAUGGAGGUGAUAGAGUGAUAAAUAAUACUAAAAUGGAGUUUAAGAAUGGACUGAAUAAUCAAAAUGGAAGUGAAAAGGAAAUGCAAGAGCGAAAGGGGAAAAAGGGAAACCUAGAUGAAGAUCUCUCCAAUGGAUUAGAUAACUUGGAUUAUGAGAAUGUUUACGAUAUCUUGAACGAUUAUAUCGAAGACCUUCAAAAUUUGGAUACACCUCCUGGUAUAGUGGAUACAUCACCUAGUAUAUUGGAUAUAACACCUGAUAUAGUGGAAACAAACCCUGGUUUAGUGGAUACAAAUCUAGGUUUAGUGGUUACAAACCCUGGUUUAGUGGAAACAAACCCUGAUUUAGUGGAAACAAACCCUGGUCUAGUGGAUACAAACCCUGAUUUAGAGGAUACAAACCCUGGUUUAGUGGAUACAAACCCUGAUAUAUUGGAUAAAAACCGUGGUCUAGUGGAUACAAACCAUGGUUUAGUGGAUACAAACCCUGGUUUAGUGGGUACAAAUCCUGGUUUAGUGGAUACAUCCCCUGGUAUAGUGGAUACAACCCCGGGUUUAUGGGAUACACCCCCUGGUUUAGUGGAUACAAAUCCUGGUUUAGUUGAUACAAACCCUGGAAUAGUGGAUACAACCAAAACCUUAGUGGAUACAAUGGAUAUCAACCCUAUAGUUAGAAAUACCAAAACUUGUGACAAAUCUUUAAAUGAAUGUUCUGCACAAACGAUUAUAUCUCUGGAGGUUAAAGACAUUACACUGAGAGAGCAGGACAAAGAUACUGAUCAAAAUGCUAUUAAGUAUAAGGGUUCAAGGGAGGAGAAAAGAAUAAAGGAUAACUGUUCCACCGUGAAUAAUCCAGGCGGCUGCAAGAAAACGGAAAUAAAUAAAAAUAAAAUAGAUAAAUAUGCCAUUUUUGAUUCCUUCACUGCUCCACUUCAGGUUUUCCAGUUUACUCAGAUCUCAAAUCGAGAAACUGCAUCUUCAGCUGUUACACAAUCUGAUCAGUCUGUGACAACAUCAAAUAAAUCUACAAUGUUUUUGAACACCUCUUUGUCAUUAAGUAUUAUAUCGUUAAAUGAUACUUCCGAAAAUGAGAACCAAUCAAAAGCAUUCAAAGAGAUAGCCAAUGAAACUACUGAAUCGCCAAUUGAAAGAGUUCUGAACGACAAAACUAAAACUGCAGCAGAUGAAGUAAUUAGUUUGAUAAAUACAGAAUCUUCUGCAGAAUGUUCACAAACAGAACACUCAGCUGAUUCAAACACGCAGACAUCAUUAUCAGAAAAAAAUGAAUUUACAUCAACCAAAAAUGAAAAAUUAUCCAAAUCCAAAAGUGAAGUGCCAAAAUCUGAAUGCUUACCCAGAUUAGAAAAGGCUUUAACAGAAGAUGUAUCAAUAGAAGAAGAAUCAGCAGAAGAAGAAAAAGCAGAAGAAAAAUCAGCAAAAGAAAAAGCAACAGAAGACUCAUCUCAGGAAGGAUCAUCAAAAGCAGAAUCAAAAAAAGGAUCAUCAGAAGAAGAAUCAUCAGAAGAAGGAUCUACAGAAGAAGGAUCUUCAGAAGAUGAAUCAGCAGAUGAAGGAUCUGCAGAAGAUGAAUCAGCAGAAGAAGGAUCUGCAGAAGAAGGAUCAUCAGAAGAAGAAUCAUCAAAAGCAGAAUCAAAAGAAGGAUCAUCAGAAGAAGGAUCUACAGAAGAAGGAUCUGCAGAAGAUGAAUCAUCAGAAGAAGGAUCUACAGAAGAUGGAUCAUCAGCAGAAAAAGAAAGGACUACAGCAGAUUCGGACAAAACAACUGCAGGAGAGAAAGAAACAACUGUUAAAAAUGCUGACUUAACAGACGAAGAGUUGACAGAUCGACUGUUACAGGAGCUGGGAAUUGAAAACAGCAAUGUAACAGCUGCUGAACGGAAUAUUCUACUACAGCUGCUACAAAUGGAAGAGCUUAGGGAAGAAGAAAGAGACAUCAAUCGGAGUAUAUCAAAUCAGUUUGAGAUUUUAAGUCAGCUGUCAGCUGUUCUGGAAAGUUCUCCUGAUCUGUCUCAAGAGGAGUUGGAAGAGCUGUUGUCAAACACUCCGGGAAUUAAUGUUCUUGGUAACUCAAUGGACAGUGCUAAAAACAUGACGAAUCAGAAUACUAUCAGUGGUGGAUUGUUUAAAGGACUUGAAGCUGGGAUAAUGGAGAUUAUUAGGGGUCGGUUGGAUAUCCUCUCUUUAAUCACCGGAGCUGUGAAUUCAGAAAUUGAUAUUUUCAUGGAGGCGACAAACUUUCUCAACUCUUUGAUCAGGUGA